AUUCCCUUUUGAUAGGUGAAAGCACUGUUGCUUGCCUAAUUUCCAAGCCUGAAAGAGAUUCUCUCAAGGCACAACACCUUAGAGUCGGAAGACAUUUGCCCAAUUCUUUUCUUCUAUCUAGUCAUGGUGUGAACUCCUAAAGGCUCAAGCUCCCCCAUAAACAGAGGGGGUUUAGGAUCGGUCCUUAUGCUUUCCUCUCUAAAACUGGUUGCUUUUUUCCUUUUUCCACCUCCUUUAGAUGCCUAUAAAUACCGGGCAGUGGUCUCUCUCAGUACGGUUGUUCAGAAGUCGAAUGCUCUUUCUUCUCUUCUCUGUUUCAUAGAAGCUUAGAAACUAGACAUCCCAUAACGGCAUUCAAAAUCCAGGAGCCAUCCCAAUGAAGUCACUGUAAACUACUCAAACCAAUCCAAGGAUCCAGGGAUGGCAACUGGGUCUGCCGGCUUCAAGGUAAGGCCGUCCAUUCGAUUGUUUGCUGUUUGUUUCUUGGUUGGUAUGAUUGGAACAACGGGAAGGGGUCAGAACAACACCAGCAACUCCUCAGUGCGUCCCGUGGUGAACGUUGGGGCUCUCUUCACCUUCAAUUCUACUAUUGGAAGAGUAGCAACCCUGGCGAUCGAGUUUGCUGUGGAGGAUGUCAACAAGGACACGAGCGUUCUUGCUGGGACUAGGUUGAAUGUGAUUAAACAGGACACAAAUUGCAGCGGGUUUCUUGGAACCAUGGAAGCCUUGCAGCUGAUGGAGAAAGAUGUGGUUGCCAUUGUAGGUCCCCAAUCCUCAGGGAUAGGCCAUGUCAUUUCCCAUGUCGUUAACGAACUUCAUGUUCCACUCUUAUCCUUUGCAGCGACAGAUCCAACUCUUUCUUCACUGGAAUAUCCUUAUUUCAUUCGAACAAUUCAUAGUGACUAUUUCCAGAUGAAUGCGAUAGCCGAUAUCGUCGAAUAUUAUGGAUGGAGGAAGGUUACUGCCAUCUUUGUGGAUGAUGACUAUGGGCGGGGCGGGAUAGCAGCAUUAGGUGAUGCUCUUGCAAGCAGACGGGCUGAGAUCUCUUACAAAGCUGCCUUCCCUCCUCAGGCUGACAUAAAUAUGAUUACUGACUUGUUGCUUAAAGUGAACCUAAUGGAAUCUCGGGUUUUCAUUGUGCAUGUGAACCCUGACACUGGCUUGACUGUUUUUUCUAUUGCCAAACAUACGGGGAUGAUGAACAGUGGAUAUGUGUGGAUAGCCACUGAUUGGCUUGCUGCUACUCUGGACUCAACCAAACCUGUUGAUCCUAACACUAUGAGCCUUAUACAAGGGGUAGUGGUUCUUCGUCACCACACUGCAGAUUCGGAUCUCAAGACAGGGUUUCUAUCUAGAUGGAAUAAUGAAAUUAAAAGCUCGAGUACUAGUUCGAGCUUGAACACUUAUGGGAUGUAUGCUUAUGAUUCAGUGUGGUUGGUUGCUCGUGCUAUUGACCAAUUCUUCAGGCAAGGAGGGGAAAUUGUUUUCUCUAAAGAUUCAAGAUUGCAUGAUGCAAAUGGAAGUACCUUGCACUUAGAAGCACUAAAAGGCUUUGACAGAGGUGACCAAAUACUUGAGCAAUUGUUACUUACCAAUUUUACAGGUCUAUCAGGUGAUGUUCAGUUCGAUUCAGAUAGGAACUUAAUCCAUCCAGCAUAUGAUAUUAUUAACAUUGGUGGGACAGGCUCACGCUUGAUAGGAUAUUGGUCUAAUUACUCUCGACUUUCAGUUGUUGCUCCUGAAAUUUUGUAUGGGAAGCCACCAAACAUUUCGACCAGCAGCCAGCAACUUUACAGUGUAAUAUGGCCUGGCGAAACCAUGAUGAAGCCACGCGGAUGGGUGUUCCCAAACAAUGGAAAACCUUUGAGAAUUGGAGUUCCUAACAAAGUAAGCUUCAAACAAUUCGUGUCGAAUGAUUCUGGUACUGACAAUGUGAGUGGCUAUUGCAUCGAUGUAUUCAACACCGCACUUAAGCUGUUGCCCUACCCAGUUCCAUGCUCAUUUAUACUAAUCGGGGAUGGUUUGACAAAUCCGAAUUAUGAUGAACUUGUGCAUAUGGUUGCUCAGAAUAAUCUUGAUGCAGCUGUAGGGGACAUUGCCAUCGUCAGAAAUAGAACAAGAAUUGUAGAUUUUACACAGCCAUAUGUUGAAUCAGGCCUAGUUAUAGUAGCUCCUGUCAAAAAGACGGACUCAAUUGCUUGGGCUUUCCUGAAACCAUUUACAUUAGAGAUGUGGUGUGUCACCGGCGCCUUUUUUCUUUUUGUUGGAGCUGUUAUUUGGAUUCUCGAGCAUCGGAUAAACGAAGACUUUCGUGGACCUCCACGCGAACAACUUGUGACAAUAUGUUGGUUUAGUUUGUCGACAAUGUUCUUUGCUCACAGGGAAAACACUGUGAGCACCCUUGGACGGUUUGUGCUGAUCAUUUGGCUGUUUGUUGUACUAAUUAUCACCUCAAGCUACACUGCCAGCCUAACAUCAAUCCUCACAGUUCAACAGCUUUCCCCAGGGAUCAAAGGGCUUGACAGCUUGAUCUCAAGCUCUGACCCUAUUGGAUAUCAGGCUGGAAAAUUUUCAAGAAAUUACAUGAUAGAAGAACUUAAUAUUUCUCCAUCCCGUCUGGUACCUUUAAAUUCACCUGAAGAAUAUGCAAGAGUUCUUGAGCUUGGACCAAAAGGUGGUGGUGUUGCUGCAAUUGUAGACGAAAUUCCAUAUGUUGAGAUCUUCUUGUCUAUCUAUUGCCAGUUUCAGAUGGUUGGUCAGGAGUUCACCAAAAAUGGAUGGGGGUUUGCCUUUCAGAGAAACUCUCCCCUUGCAGAGGACCUAUCAACUGCCAUCCUAUCAUUGUCAGAGAGUGGAGAUCUCCAGAGAAUCCAUGAUCAAUGGUUAGCACGUAAAGGAUGCACUUCAGAAGUGACUGAAACGGACACAAACCGGCUGAGCCUGGGGAGCUUCUGGGGCCUCUUCUUAAUUUGUGGUCUUGCAUGUUUCAUUGCUCUCUUGGUAUUCUUCAUACGAAUAUAUUGUCAGUAUAACCAGUACAAUACAGGAGAAUCUACUGAAACCAGGACAAGUGAUGGGCCUCAACCCAGCUUAAGUAUAUUCAAUUGCUGUAAACGUUUAAUUCACUUUUUUGAUAAAAAGGAAGAAGAAGUCAUGAGGGCUAUCAGCGGGAAAUCAAGUGAUAAAAAGAAUGAAACCUCUCAGAAUUAGGAUGGGCAACCACUGUCGCCUGUGUAGAAGGUAAUUUUGGGCCAAGUAGUAUGUGCGUCUUCCUGCUGCUACUUGUAUUUCCUUUGGAAGAUAGUUAUACUCCGAAGAAGAGAGCAAGUCCUCCAUAUCUUCUAUUAGUGAUUGCUGAUAACCAUUCCAAACCGCUUUCUUGACUGAAACCUCGACAGCUUGUAUGCAUUACUUAUAGGAUUCCAACUGAAAUGUAAUUUUCUUUUAUUUUUCCUGGGCCAAUGAAGACACCAUUUGCAGAUUGUAUGGUCAUAAAAUUUACUCUAAUUGAAUACAAAUAGACUUCUAGUUGUUAAUAAA